AAAUUAGUUUGACGGAUUAUAAACAGAUGCCAAACAAGGGCUAAAGAUUUACUGUAAGUAGCAUCUGCAGUCGAUUUCUAUAGAAUCUUCAUCACAUAUCAUCCAGUAGUGCUUUUUAUGUUUUCAGGUAGUUUCAGCAUGAAUCUGCCGGCAGAUGGAUAUGGAGAUUAGACGUGAUAAAAUUGGAGAAGAAAAGGAGGGAGGUCCCUCGUUCCAUUGUGAUCUUUAUGAUACAGAUUUAGUUCAUAAAAUAGCAGAGAUAUUCCUUCCUGGUCUGGCUUCAGCCUGUAUUGACAACACAACUGGUGGCCUCAUAAAUAGCCCUGCUUCAGUGGCUGUUGACCUCAGAAGAGAAAUGGUGGACCAUCUGGUCCAAAGAAGUGAAAAUUUUGUGGCGGAAUCUGUGGUGCUAGAAGGUGGUCCAGAUGCAGAAGUGUCUGAAAAUCCUUUUGAUAUUAUUUCAGAUUUUGUUGAUGAUUUUGCAAGUUCAAAGGGGAAUUUUCUUAGUCGGGUUUCAGGCUGGGUACUGACUGAAAGAAGAGAAGAUAUGAUAGAUGAUUUAGUUCAAGAGAUGGAAAUAAAUGGUUUUUGGUUGUUAAAUAGGAGGGAGUCAGUUGCACAGACGCUACUAAAGAACAUUGACUUCAAAAACAUAUUUCACUGCGGCAUGAAGUUUAAAUCUUCAGAAGAGCUAGAAGAGCAUAAAUCACAUUGCAGUUUUAGGACCAUGACCUGCAUGAGCGAGGGGUGUGAUGCUACAUUUAUUGCUGCUCAGAAGGGCCAUCAUGAUUCGAUCUGUCCUUUUAAAAGACUUCCAUGUGAGCAGAACUGCUCAGAUUACAUUAUGAGGCACGAAAUGGACAGGCAUUGCAUUACCGUUUGUCCAAUGAAACUUGUGAAGUGUCCCUUCUAUUCCGUAGGUUGCCAGUCUACUGUUCCUCACAUUAAAAUGGAUAAACACCGGUCUGAGAAUCUCCCCUCUCACUUGCUGUACAUUCUUCAAGUUAUUCACAAGGAAACAUCAGCAGAUGAUCUGAGAGGAAGGGUUGAAGAAUUGGAAAAGGUGAACUUGGACCUGCACAGCUCUGGCAAGGGUCUAGGGAAGCUUUCAUCUCCUGAGAAACUAUCAGCAUGUCGUGAUGCAAGAUCUUUAACAGUUUUGGUUAAGGAUCUUGAAGCAAAGCUUGGAUCUCCGAAAGUCAACCCGAAGGCAAUUCCCAGCAAAGAGGUUGCAGAUUUGACUGAGCAAAAACAAGAGAGCCAAGGCUUGCCCACCAAGGAGGACAGCUCCAUGCAGUCUCCAAACAAAAAGGAAGAGAGUGUUAAUUCAUCCUCAAAUUCUUCCCGCAAGAAGGAUAACUCAGUAGAGUCGCCUGCUUAUAUGAAUGAGCAAUUGGAGUCACAACUUGUGAAGGAAGAGUGCAAGGAAGAGAGUGUCAAUUUUCCCUUGGACUCUUCCACCAAAAAGGAUAAGUCAUUUGAGUCACCUGCUUACAUGAAUGAGCAAUUGGAGUUGCAACUUGAGAAGGAAGAACUCAAGGAAGAGAGUGUUAAGUCGGACACUUUCCAGGAGAAGGUAGAGUCACCUGCUUAUACAAAUAAGCAAAUGAGAUCACGACUUGAGAAGGAAGGGUGUGUUGCAUCAGUACCAGUGGAAAAGAACAUGAAAGAAUCACACGUUCAAAGAGAGGAGGGCCUAUGCUCACCAAGCAAAGAUGGAGAAAUUAUCCGAGGAGAGAUUGGUUGAAUCACCCAUCAAAAUCACUGAAGAAAAAGGAAGAGCACCAGUGAAUUGUGGCUAAUGCGUUUUUUUUUUUUCCAUCAAUUACUUUAAAUUGCCAGUUGACAUCUUUCAUCCUAUGACCUCCAUGGUAGAUCUAACAUUAUUUGAUUUUCUCUUUUCAACGCUCCUGGGUUUUGAUUUAUUGUCUGCAAUGCAACAUUUUGCCACAUCAACUGUUUUGCUGGUUUAAGUAACUGAAUAAUGCUCCUUGUACACUCCAUGUUGUACAUGGAGUUUGACAUUGCUUGCAAA